AUGGUCCCACAGAAGAAUAUAACAAGUGACAAUACAGAUAUUUUGUUAUUUGGUUAUAUGAAAGGGGAAACAACAUUUGUUGGGAAUAUUAUUGGUUGUAGGACGAACGUUUUCUAUUUUUAUGAACCGCUCUGGUCACUUUCUAUAGGAGGCUAUUUUACAAAAGACAAGGAAUGUAGCUUCCAUGAGAAAAACUGCAAGAGUAACAGAAUUUCACUGAACAUCCCAAAACUUCUGAGUUCUUUGUAUGAUUGUAAUACUGAAACUAUUGAAAAGUUAACAACAGAGGUGCAAACAAAAAUCACAUGUACCAGUAGUGGUAGUACCAGCACAGCUUUUAAAGAAAGGAACAUUUCAAAACUAAAAACAAUUUGUACCUCUGCGAAAUCCCGAGUGGCAAAGGUACUUCGAAUAGGAGCUGACUUGAUAGAAGGUCUGCUUCAUAUAAGACCUAAUUUAAAAAUAAUAUAUUUAUAUCGAGAUCCUAGAGCAAUUAUUCGUUCAAGAACGAAACAUCUGAAAGGGUCAAUAACAGCAAUGACCAAAUCAGUGUGUGGUAAAAUGGACAUUGACAGUAGAAUCAUGUUGGAAUUAGGAAAUAGGUAUCCAGAAAAUAUAAUUUUUAUUUCUGCUGAACGUAUAGCAAAGGAUCCUAUUAGUAUUUCGCAAAGACUGUUUGACUUUCUAGAACUUAAUUUUUCCAAAGCACUUGAGAAUAAAAUCAUUUAUUUAUCAUACGAAGGUAGCUGGUAUAACAGUCAGAAGAAAUCACGUGUUUUAUCAGUAAAUAGCGGCUUUUUAAAGUCAAUGAAAUGGCGGACACUUUUGUCGAUAAAGGAUAAGAAAGAAAUAGACAAAUUAUGUCAAUCUGUUUAUCGCCGUCUUGGAUAUCAUGAAAUGUCGUCUGAGGAAUCGUUCAGAAAUAUAUAUAGCUCAAAUAUAGUGCCUAUUGAUGAACAUAAAUCGACAUGGUUAUAAGCCUCGUUCUAAAUCUAUGUUACUC